CUAGUCUCAUCAUCGUUACUCACGACUACUACCGGAGAAGGAUUCACGAAGCAGGUCCUCGGGAGCUGGUGCCGUGCGGUUUAUAAAUACCGUGUGUCGCGCUGAAGACAUAAAGUUCGCAAAGCGAGUCCAACCAAUACGGAUCGUGAGACAAACCAACCUGUUGAAGAUCUUUGGUGUAUGUUCUAAUCCAUGCAGAAAAUCGCUAGCGUUGUAUUUUAUAACUCCACGAUUCUUUCCUAACAAAUCAGAGUGUCAGUUAACAAGUGCAAAACAAAAAUUGUUCGUGUUUGGUAGUGUUCUGUGGCAUAUCAAUUAGAUCUAUUGUCUGAGGACAUUACUACUGAUUUCGGUUUCGCAUCCCAAUUUGACUAUGUAUCGAAUAAACUUGACUACAUUCACGCUGCUUUUAGUGCUUACUGUAGGUAGUCUCAUGUCCGAGUCUUUACAACCUUCAGAAGGAACGAUCAAAGAUUUGUACGAAUAUCUGCUGCAACGAGAGUAUGCGGCACCGGUAUCCUAUGCUGAUCAUCAAAUCAAGCGAAAAGCGGUACGAUCCCCUUCGUUAAGACUACGUUUCGGAAGACGAAAUGAUCCUUCGGUACCCGUUCGUCCUGAUAGCAUUGGGGAUGAUGAGCUGAUGGACCAAAAAGUAAUCCGUGCACCUCAGCUUCGUCUCAGAUUUGGUAGGAAUGAUCCUCUUUGGUCUUCGUUCAACGAAAACGCAUUAUUGGAAGAGAACUUUGAAAAACGGGCACCGUCCCAGCGACUGCGAUGGGGCCGUUCGAAUUUAUUCGGAAAUCUGGUCAAUCAGUUUCAGCAAGACGACGUUAUACAGCAGAAAACUAUACGAGCCCCACAACUCAGACUCCGCUUCGGUCGAACCGAUCCUUCCUGGGCCAUGUACAAUGAGCAUCAACUGACUUCUGGGCCACAAACGACAUUAACAAACGAAGCGAGUGAAAAGCGAGCACCGACGCAAAGACUGAGAUGGGGACGUUCCGAUCCCGCACUAACGAAAGAGGCGCAGGAGGACAAAACACUGGAUAUGGAGGACAGUGAAAGCAACACCGUUGAUGACAAGUAAACACGCGUUAAUUACCUGACACCAGUCCCGUCUUUGUCAUUUGCAUAUCCCCUCGUAGGACCUCCUCUAAUGAACACUAAGAAACCAUGUGAAACUAUGUGAAAUCUAGAAUGAAGACCAACUCUUGUUACUGCUGGUAUGAGUCUUGCUUUAGGGUUUUCUAAUCCAAGAUCCUUAUCAUAAUGACCACGUUUGACGAAUAGAACAUGUGCAAAGUGAAUGCUGUUUGAUAAUUUGCGCCACCAUUUGUGGCAUCUAUUUUUGCACCGCAGAUUAGCCAGCUUCUUGUUUUACCCUUACAAACGCAUUAGCACAGCAUCUCGAUAACCACAUUUUCAUCGAACAAUUACAUACAGCAUGGAGCAACAUAUUCAAAUAGCUAAUCACUUGAAGCCGAUAGCCAACCGUCAUACUCCACAAAAAAGUUCCUCCGCUGAUACAUUAAAUCUGAUGUAAAAGAGUGUUGCCAUGAUCUGAAUCUGCUGAGAUUUUGCUGCUGUGUCGUGAGAGCAGAAAAAUUCCAACAGAUUUAUUUUGGAACAGUUUUCUUAGCAAGAACGCAAAAAAAACACAACUACUUGCGGAUGACGACUUUACGAAAACCCGACAAUUACCUUACGGCCUUGCGGUGAAAGUUUGUUCUGAAGUUCGCGAAACAGUUUUGAUAGGGGUAAGAGAAAAGCACAGAUUAACGAAGAAUAGGAUUAUUGCGCUUCCAGCAGCAAGGCGCGGGUGAAACAAAAUAAUAACCCGAAAAAGAACAAAAAAGAACAAUAUUUUCCCUCUGAAACAUUUCCUUUAGGUGCACUCGUUCCUGCCGUUAACACACAGAUUAAUGUUAUACAUACGUUAGGUACAUUAACAGCCCUACAUCAUUGCAUGUUUCUCGUGGUUAUGCGCUAAUUCUUGCAUCCAUAUCUACGCGUAUGCAUCGCCUCUCGAACGCGAAACAUACCAACCGUGUGGUUAUUUGAAAAGCAUCGCUGGCAUGGCAAGAGCAAUCACUUACCCAUUGGCUUGCGUGUUUUUCGAAUAAAACUCCUCUGGUUUAACAGUGUAAGGUGGAGAAAGAAUUAGCACUAUUAUUCCAAAGCAGUAUUGUUGUCGGGCGUUAGCCAUCGCAUAGUCAAUAUCGGCAUUGCGGAAACUGCUGUAAAGAUGAAAACAGCUGUGGUUAAGAAUAUCUAUGUAUUUUAAACUAUUUUUGCAUCAUCCGGAAACAACAAACUGAACAAGCAUGUGAAUGUACAGAUAUCGAUGAACAUCAAUAUAUUACUU